AUGAAGAAAGAAAACUUCUUCAACGACGAGAAUUCAUGUUUAAAUUCUUCUGAUAAUAGGUAUAAAUCUAUAAUAAAGACUUCAGGGUUACCAGAAAAACUUGAGAAACAUUUAUCUAGUGAAAAAGACCGUGAGCUAGAAUACUUGUAUGAAGAAAAUCGCCAUUUAUUAUUAGAAGUAGCAAAAUUAAGGCGAAUAAAUCAAGUAUUAAAUAAAGAUGUGGUUAAGAAGAAUGAAAUAAUUGAUAACUUAGACUCUAAUCUUGCUGAAGUUGAAGAGCAAUUAAAAAUUGUGAAAAAAAGUCAGCGAAAUCGUGAAUUAUUGAAAGAAGCUUCACUUUUGCAGCCUAAUGUUGGGAAGUCUAAAGAUAAGUUAGAAUCAUGCAAUGGUACUAAUACAACUAAAUACGGGAAUUUUAAUACAGUUGAUAUAAAGCCUAAAUUAACUACUACAAAUACACCUAGACCAAAAUCUAGUACUACAUCGGUUGAAACAAGAUUAUUACAAAAUGUAUUGAUAGAAUCACUCCAUGAACAGCAAUGUGAGAGAAAAGCAUAUCAGGAACUGAAACAUGAAAUUGAGAAAUUACAGAAGGAGGUAUAUAUGAUGCAAAAUGAUAUAAAUAAUACGAAUAAUUCUGUAUUAGAGCAAUCUAAUGUAUUUGCAAGUAAAGUGAAUGAUGAAAUAGAAAAUCAGAAGACAAGAAGCUCAUUAACAUCUUCAACUACUUCUCAAUCCUUAGCCCAAGAACUACUUGAGCCUAUUUCUUCAGAAUCCCUAAAUAAUAAAAUUAUGCCACCAAGAAGUGUUCACUUAUUAAUGGGUGAAACUAUAACUAAUCAUAAUUUGAAACCUGAUGUUAAUACAUCAGACUCUCAAAGAAAAUCCGAAACCAGUAAUUUACUCAAGAACGGAGUCCCAAUCUUACCUGAUAGUUAUUAUUCUUCACAUCCUCCAACUACAUAUAAUUCUUCAGCACCUUACUCUUUCGUAACAAUGAAUUCAUCUGGAUCUCCCAACUAUGUACCUCCAAGUAUGAAUAUUCUUCCUUACUUUACAACUUCUAUACCAAAUAGAUUUCCUAAUGCUGGGUACUCCUUUGUUCCAACUUUAAAUUAUAGUCAACCAAUAAAUAGGAAUUUUAAUCAAUUAAAAUAUCCAGUUCAGUCUUCAAUAUAUCAGACUACAAUACAAUCUAACAAUUGUCAAUAUACAGCAAAGGCUCCUUUAAUAAGAAGAUCUAUUACUCCCUUUCAAACAAGAUAUGGAACCCAUUCAAAUUCUCAAAUACAUGAUAACCUGCAGGUUUUCUCAUCUGUAAAUAAUAUACCAUCUUCUAGUCUACCCUUUUUAUUUGCAGUAAAUCAGUCAAAUAAUAUGAAUAAUUACACUGUUCCCCAUAAUAUUCCCUCAUCUUAUAAACUAACAUUUACACCAAGGUUUAGGAGAAGAAGCUACAAAUCUCCUAUCCCACCUAAUAACAGAUAUCACUCUUUUGAUCCGAUUAGAAGAUGUGGUACAGGGAAUUUAAGAAACGAGAAUAUACAUAAUGCAAAUUUUGGAUCCGAAGAUAGUGUAAAUUCAGGAUAUAUUAAAUUCAAAGCUUCAAUUGUACCUAGUACAGGAUCCGUGACAUCUAUAGAAUCUAAGUACUCACCUUCAACAGUUGAUUCUAGUUCAAGAGUGAGAGUGCCUUCUGGAAUAAGCUCAGGCUACUGCCCUUGCAAUGAAGCAAAAUCAUGCUAUGAACAUUUUCAUUAA